GUAGAAAUUCAGUUUCCUGCGUGGAUUAGCCAAUUCCUGUCCCGGUCUAGAGAGGAUAAAACUGGCAGACUGUUUGUCCAGCAUGAAGAAUUACAGGAACAACUCCGCAAACUGGAGCGCAAAAUCCUUGCCAAGAUCUCAAAGGAUCAACAAUUGUCUGUGAAGGAUGUUGGGGUCACCCUUCAUAAAGAAGGAAUCAUAGGAGUAACUGAAGAGCAAGUACAUCAUAUUGUGAAUGAUGCCCUAAAGCGCUACAGUGAAGAUCGCAUUGGGAUGGUUGAUUAUGCACUGGAAUCUGGAGGGGCCAGUGUUAUCAGCACUCGGUGUUCAGAAACCUAUGAGACCAAGACUGCACUUCUUAGUCUUUUUGGCAUACCCUUGUGGUAUCACUCCCAGUCUCCAAGGGUCAUUCUACAGCCAGACGUCCAUCCUGGAAACUGUUGGGCUUUCCAAGGCUCCCAGGGUUUUGCUGUCAUUCGUCUUUCAAGUAGCAUCCACCCCACUGCUGUGACAUUAGAGCAUAUCUCCAAGGCCGUUUCUCCCAGAGGAACCAUUCCCAGUGCCCCCAAGGACAUUGCCGUCUUUGGCUUGGAGGAAGAAGGGCAGCAAGAGGGCGUCCUCCUUGGGAAGUUCACAUACAACCAAGAUGGGGAUCCCAUCCAAACAUUCCAUUUCCAGGAUAUAGACAGGGAGGCAACCUUCCAGCUGGUGGAGCUAAGAGUUCUCAGCAACUGGGGCCAUCCAGAAUACACCUGCAUUUAUCGCUUCCGUGUGCAUGGGGACCCAGUCUCAUAACAUCUUCUAGCACCACUGGCUCAAAUGUCACCUACCUCAAGAUCUGCACCUCAGACUGCAAAAAGCAGUUGGGAAGCAGUGCUGGGAAGGAGAGCACCUUGGAAUGGGCAAUGUAUCUUUUUUGCUAUGUUGCACAGGGAUGGGAAGCAAACUGUGACUCUCCCUGAUCAGUCAGUUCUCUUCUGAAAACAACACCCUUCUGAGUGCAGAGGAAGACAGAGGCCUUUUUGAUUUUAUAUUUUAUAUUCAGUUGAUUUUAAAGGAGAUUUUUAAACAUACCUAUGCAGUUCAUACUUGCCCCAUCCUUUAUACUUCUCCAAACCUGAUUUCUGGUUGUCCCUUUAGAGCUCAAUUCUCUCGGGGCUGAAGACAUAUUUAAACAAACUAAGCAAUGCAGGACAAGUCAGCAGGGUCAUCAGUUCUGGUGUAAGGAUGUAAAGCCUCUGCCAGAUUUGAGGGACCUAUUUGGCCCCUUAUUACUGACCCCCCCAAAGCCUCAACCUCCUCAUAGAAAGGAGGUGCCUAUUUUGCCUGUGCCUACUCUGAGCAGCUCUGGGGGAUAUGGAAGGUGUGCUGGAAACUCCAUGUAGUUGGAGCUUCAGAGAGUGUUGUAAUAACUUUAAUUACCUUUAUAUAAUAAUUAUAUUGUGUGGAGGCAGGUAGCAGAAUGUUUUUAUGAAAUCUGUCUUGGAUGAGGACUGUAGACUUAGGGCCAUUCCUCCUCUUGUGCAGACAGGAUCCUGUUGAUUAUUUUUGUAACCUAACCACAAAAGAUUGAGAUUGAAUUCCAUGGGAAGCGACAAUGCACAGAUUCAAAAGCUACAGAAGGAAAUGGGGGAGUUGUUUAUUAGGGGACUGUAAUUUGUUUAAAAACUGGAAGCUGCAGUUUUGAAGAAUAGGAAGGAGUUUUUAUAAGGAAAAAUAGUGUAAAGAUAAACUAGAGCCAUUUGUAUGGGUUAAAUGUUGACACACAUUUCCCAAUCUGCAGUAUUUUAUUUCUUAGAAAAUGAAUUAAUAUUGUCAGGCCUUCACACCACCAUAGAAGCAAGUACACCAACUCCUAAUAAGAGGGAGAUGAUUGCUAAUGCUAAUGGCAAAUGAAAAGUACCCAGCUUGCAUUCAGAGGUGGAUAUCUCUGAAUAUUCUUAAAUAUCUCAAAUAUUCCACAACAGAGUCAUAGUAUUACAAUAUGGGCUCCAAGGAUGAACCUUGGCUUAUAUUGAACUCCGUCUUUUGAGCUGCUUGCAAGGACACAAGUAUAAGUUGCAUAUUGUAAUUCAUAGAAAGUUAAAGAUGCUCUUGAGUUGAGCUCAACUCCUGGUGACAAUAUAGAUAUAUCAGAAGCUGCUGCAAUUGAGGCUUUAUAUGUUUGAAAAGGGUUAAUUUUUUUUAGCUUGCAUAACAUAUGUAUUAACCUCAUAAGCCAUUAAGAGUAGCAGAAACUUGAAGUCUGAACACUCAGUGUACCACAACUCAAAUACAUUUCUAAGUUAGUUGAAUCUUCAGCCCUUCGCUUUGAAUAGUUUCUCAAGACAGAGAAAGUACAACUAUAUGUCUAUAAUCACUUGCCAAACUAGUCCCAUGUAUCAGUUGACUAAACAGUAAGGAAAAUUGCCACAGUUCUGCAACUUAUCCAGCAAAACAUCAGAAUGAGUUAGAGUCCUGAAGUGGCAUAGUGAAAUGUGUCAUUCCAAGGGGAAGAGAUCAUUUUUAAAUGUUUCUUAUUGUGUUAAAAAGCAGCCUCCCUUUAAUAGAAAACAAUCACAGCAAGGAAUAAAACAAGCCAAGGAAAACCUACCUCCCUGCUAUGCUACUUGUUGAAUGUUCAGACAGCUUUACAGGUGGGAAGAUAAAAAAUGGUAUCCUUUGCCUUUGCUCUGAAGUGUUACACUUAACUGCCACCCUUUCUAGGAGUAAAGCUCUCUUCUUUGUAUGCACAUAUGCAAAGAGUAUUUUUCUUUUUGCUAAAUGGGUCAUAUUUGAAUGAAAUCUGUUUUUAGAAGGAACAGCCUUCUGGAUGGGUGCCUCAUAAGUAAUUCCUCUUUCCAUCCCUAGUUUGGAAGGAAAUUGACAUACAUGGCAAAAGAGCAUGGAGACUCUAGUAGGCUCAGAAGAUUCCAUUUUUCAGACUGAAAUCAAUUUGGAACCAACAAAUUCUUCCUGCUUUAGAAAAAUUGGGCUAGGGAGAUGACAUGCAGCCUGGUCCAGCAUUCCCAAUUUGGGUCCAUCCAGAUGUAUUGGUCAUUCUAGAGGUCUGUGUGGUCGCUAAGAGUUGACAUUGACUUGAUGAUCCAUAAUCAAUCUACCAGAUAUGUUGGGAUUGCCAGAAUAGAUAUCAGAUUGAAAAAAGUUGAUCUGGCAUUUGGAACACAUUAACCAAAUGUGAAGCUACUGUCUCUAUUCUCUUCCAGAAUGGAGUGGUGGUGGUGGUGGUGGUGGUGAUGAUGAUGAUUUAAAUGAAGCCACAUAAACGUUUAGGUAGGGAACCAUGCUGACAACUGAGGAGAGAGCAUAGAGAAACCUGGUAGCCAAAGGGCAGAAUAAUCUACA